AAAUAUUUAGAACAUAUUCCUCAGAUAAUGAUCGAACGUACCUUAGAAAUGAAAAUGGCAGCUGACGCUUCGGAAAAUGUGGAAAAGGAAGAGCCCGUAGGGUUUUGUUGCGAAGAAUUUAAAGAAUUUGAUGAGGUGAAAGGAUUGAUAAGCAGCCUUCCUAAUAUUUACAAUGAUCAAAUUGCUGUGGAAACAGCUGUCGAACGGUUUACAGUUAUAAUAGACAUGUAUCAAGAGCAACCUCAUCUUAUUGACCCACAUCUUGAGGACUUGAUGAACAAACUGUUAACAAUAGGAAGGAAUGUCAACUCCCCUCAACCAUUGCAACAUCUUGCAUUUAAAUUCCUUUAUCUUAUAACAAAGUUACGAGGAGCCAAGAUAGUAGUAAGAUUAUUUCCUCAUGAAGUGGUUGAUGUAGAACCAGUCCUGGCUCUAAUUUCUCAACAAGAUCCUAAAGACUUUGAGGCCUGGGAGACACGCUAUAUCUUGUUGCUAUGGUUAUCUAUGGCCUGUAUGAUACCAUUCGAUCUAUCCAGACUUGAUAGUAAUGUUAUAGAAGAAUCUGGGGACCAUAAACUACCCGUCAUGGAUAAAAUAUAUAAUGUUGCUAAGCAAUACCUGAUGGUGGCAGAUAAAACACGUGAUGCUGCAGCCUAUCUUAUGUCACGAUUUAUGACACGUCCUGAUGUGAAGAAGAAAAAACUACCAGAAUUCCUUGAUUGGUCAAUGAAAUACCUGGAUACAGCCGAUUAUUCAACAAUGAUUGGAACAGUAAGUUUAACUGGUGUACUGGCAACUCUAGGACAGAUGUUCAAGCAUGGCAAGAGGGAAGACCUUUUACAAUAUGCUCCAACAGUUCUAGAGAAAGUUCACAAUUUGAACCUGAGUGACAGUAGUAACUCAAUUCUGAGGAAAUAUGGUGUCAAGGUCAUACAAAGAUUAGGGCUUACAUUCCUGAAGAGUAGAGUAGCGAAAUGGAGAUACCAGAGGGGGAGCAGAUCAUUGGCUGACAAUUUACAACAGAAUAAAGAUUCGGACUCCCAGAGAAUAGCAAUGACUAAAACUACGUCAACUACUGAUGAAGAGGAAGAAGAAUAUGACAUUCCUGAUGACAUUGAAGAAGUUAUCGAACAACUAUUAACCUGUUUGAAAGAUAAAGACACGAUUGUGAGAUGGUCAGCAGCCAAAGGCAUGAUAGACUUACCAGCCAAUGGGGCAUGGCAUGGAGGAUGUUUAGCCCUGGCAGAACUUGGUAGAAGAGGUUUGUUGUUGCCUCAGAGACUACCAGAUGUGGUUCCAGUAGUGUUAAAAGCUCUUGCUUAUGAUGAAAGGCGGGGAAGUUUUUCUGUAGGCGCUCAUGUCCGAGACGCUUCUUGCUAUGUAUGUUGGGCGUUUGCUAGAGCCUACGAACCUCAAGAUAUUGCACCAUACGUUAAUAGAAUUGCAAGCGCGCUUGUCAUAGCAUCCAUAUUUGAUAGAGAAGUGAAUGUUAGACGUGCUGCCGCUGCAGCUUUCCAGGAAAAUGUUGGUAGACAGGGAACCUUCCCACAUGGUAUAGAUAUACUAACCCAUGCUGACUACUUUGCUGUUGGGAACCGCACACAUUGUUUUCUUGAACUGAGCGUAUAUGUGGCCCAGUUUCCUGAAUACACAGAUGCCUUGAUAGAUCAUUUAGCUGAAGUUAAAGUUCAUCAUUGGGAUAGUGUAAUUAGAGAAUUGGCUGCCAAAGCUCUUCAUAACCUGACCGAGAAAUCACCACAACAUGUGAAACAAUCAGUGCUAUCAAAAAAGGGUUUCCACAACCACGGGGAAAGGAUCCCUUUAGUCAAAAACAUGGAAAUAAUGCUUAUCUUUGGCGAAAAAUUGGGGAGUAUAACAGACAUAUUGCCAGCAGAUGUGAUAGAGAACAUAAAGAACAUUUCCAUUAUAUUACAUGAUAAGAAGUUAUUCCGAGGAAUGAGUGGGGAGUUGAUGAGAACAGCCGUGUGUUGUCUAAUAGAGAGAGUUUCCUUGUCGAAAUUUCCAUGUCAUACAGAUCCAGUCAUAGAUAUAUGGCAGGACAUACUAGAUGACUGUUUGAAUCACACGGAGCACGAGAUACAGAUGGCUGCUGUUAAUGCUAUACCUGCCUUCUUUACGGAAUAUUAUAGAGAUUCUAAUGGUGUUGCUGAUCCUAAAAGACAAGAAAUGGUGAUAGAAAGAUAUCUACGACAGCUGAGGGCCUCUCUAGAAAUAUCAAGGCAAGGUCAUUCUCUAGCACUUGGUGCUCUUCCAAAAUUCAUGUUGAUAGGAAAAUUACGACCAGUGUUAGGCGGACUUAUACAAGCCACACAGAUUACUGAAAAAGAAGAAAAGUGGGCGGAGGGAAGGCGUGAUGCUCUUAAGGCCAUAACAUGUGUAUGUAAUACAGUAGGUGUGGACAAAAAUGGUGAUCUGAAUAAGACCUUGUGUUCAGCCAAUAUAGGUCAAGUGUACGAAGCAUUCCUUUGUGCUUUAAAAGAUUACACGUUGGACAGCCGAGGUGAUGUUGGUGCAUGGGUGAGAGAAGCUAGUAUGAGUGGAUUGCUGGAGAUCACUGCCCUCACUGUCAGCAGUCAACCUGACCUUUUACAACCUACUGUGUGUAAACAUAUGAUGACAUCACUAGUACAACAAGCCUGUGAGAAGAUAGAUAGAACACGAGCUCAUGCCGGCAACAUAUUCUCUUCCCUUCUCUAUCAUAGUCCUCCAGUACCAAAUAUACCAGAGAGAGAGGAACUUCAGAAUAUUUUCCCAAAAGAAGAAAUUCCAAGUAUAAACUGGGCUGCCCCAGGCGACACAUUUCCAAGAUUUACCAAACUGUUAAAGUGUCACGCGUACACCUAUAGUGUUUUGCUUGGCCUUACUGUCAGUGUGGGAGGACUGACAGAGUCUCUGGUUAAACAUUCAAAUGCAUCCUUACAAUCUUACCUCAGGAGUUUAAGUAAAGAUAUCAAAGAAUUAACAAGGAUUACAUCUACUCUAACACAAAUUUUUAAGGACUACCAAAAAGUGGACAGGGUUUCACUACCAAUGGUGAAGAUGUUGGACCAAUUGCUGUCGACAGGUUGUUUUGAUCCUUUUAUAGAACAAGAAAGCUAUUCAUUUCCACUAGAAGUAUAUCAGUUGGUGAAGACAGAAAUCCUGAAAUGUGGAGAACCCCAGAAACUGCUCGCAAGUGCUGAUGUAUACUGUGGUUUGCUGCAAUUCCCUGGUGAAGUCAGGAAGAAAAGUCUCACUUCUCUUUGUAUUUUCCUUUGUCACAGAUUCCCUAGAAUUCGUAAAACAACUGCAAACAAAUUUUAUGAAGUUCUUGUCACUUAUGAUGAUAUUGCACCAAUUGAAAAUCUAGAAGAAAUCAUGACAAUUCUUAGUGAAACUAUCUGGGAUGAUGAAGUAGAAAAAAUCAAACCAUUAAGAAAUCGUAUUUGUAAUCUACUAGAUGUACCUGAACCUGUUCCAUUAAAAAAGAAAAAUGCUGAAUGACCCGUUCUUAGUGGAUGGAUACACAUGGACUAUAAGACUUAAUUGUUGAUAAUUUAGAAAAUCAUCGACAACAAUUUUAAAUGUAUAAGUUACUAGUAUUAGACAAAUCAUUUUAUAAGAAUAGAAAUCUUAAAUCUGCUACGACUUUCCUUGGUUGGUCCUUAAAUAAGUUUCUGAAAUAAUGAAAUGGUUUUAAUCUAUGCAUAAAAUUUCUAAAAAUCAAGUUUUUCAGUUGUUGACAGCUGAUUACAUCUUGUGUAUCUGAAGAUGUAAUUAUUAGUCAAUUGUUCCUGGAUUUAUAUAAGUCAAAUGUUAAUGUGAAUUAUCCAGAUUGAAAACUGAAAUUCUUGUUUAUAUUGUUUGAUUCUCCUUUAGGUGGAAGGUGGAAUAUCACUGUAAUUAUACACAUUUUGUUGACAUUUGAUAGCAAAUAAAAGUGACAUUUAAUUGCAAGUAAAAGUGAAAAUUGAUGACAAAUAAGUGUACCAUUUAUGCAAACAAUGAGUUGUUAAAAUGACCAGUUUAAAGGUGUAAUCUUCAUUUUCUGUUAAUAUACUACUGAUGGAACUGGAUUACAUUUGAUUUAUAUUCCAUAUUAUAUGCUUAAAUUGUAAAGAAGGUGAAAGUUUAGCUGGAUUGUAAGUACAGGAUUAAAGAUAUUUUGUAAUUUACAGUAAUUACAUUCUAGUAUGUGACUGAUGAAUGUCUAUAAACUUAAAAGAGUUAGACCACCUGGAUGAGUUUUGACUUGGGACACUUUUGCAUUUACUAUUUUGUCAUAUGACCAUUUCUUUUGAUGACAAAUACAUGCUCGUAUAAGCAAUUUCACCUAUAUAUCUGUUAUAACGAUUCAUUUGGAGAACAUAUUUUUGUGGAAAAAUGGUUUGCACCAGUUUAAACCCAGGAACAAUUUUAAGGUUACUACCUAUAGUUAUAUGGUUAAAAUGUUGUUAAAACUUAAGUUAAACUUAGCAUGUAUAAGAUGAAUACUGCUUGAGUUGAAAAGGAAAAUUAGGAAUAUUUUAAUUUUAUAGUUAUCUUUAUUUAGAGUUUAAGAAUGGGCAAAAAUAUUCACAGGCCACGAGUAGGCUUUAUGCUUCUCAAUGUUAGGAUAAUCUGUUGAUGAAAUCAAACAGGAUAAAUCCAGAACUUACAGACAAUCAUACAUGUAUAAUUGGGAAGGAUGGAAGAUAAUUAACCACACCUUUUAUCAGUUCCUGAUAAAAAAAGUUGCUAGUUUUGAAUUCUAAAUAUUUUAUCUUUAUAGUAUUACUUCCAUGUUAAUAAUACUUGCCCUAGCUGUGAUAGAACAAUUUUUACUUUAUUCUGUGCUUAAUUGCUUAUUAUUAGUGAACAUUCUCUUGUGAUUAAAAAUGAUUUUUAGUCUA